UAUUGAAUCAAUUAUAUUUGGAAACGUAUGUUACAAAAGUUUGCAUAUUUAUAUGAUUUUACUCUUUCACAUGAUAAUAGUUGACAUACUAAUGUGCAAUAGCUUUCAAAAUAAUGAUGUUAUCCUAAAGUGAAGAGUUUUUUUAACUAACGAAUUUUUUAUGUUCAAUGGUAAAGAAGGAAAAAGACAAAUUUCUCGUUGAAAGAAAGAGAGAGGUUAGUGUGGUAACACAAACUACAACCAAUAGAAUUUUUUUUUUUUACGAAUUACCAAUAGAAUUAUUUCGUUUGGAUGAUUUUUACAGUUUUAAGAGUUGACCACAAUUAAUACAUAUUUGUAAAGGAAGGGUACCCUUGUCUUUUGAGAAAUUAAAUAAAGAGACACGCGCGUACCAUCCAUUACUAUAGCACCCAUUUAAUCCCCCCUACCCAACGCCUCCUCCCGACCUUAUCAUGAUUCCUUCGCGUUUCCGAAGAAAUGACCGCCUCUCCUCUGCCCUCCAUCGCUCCUAACAUAUGUUUUUCCCUCGUCUUUCAUGUACAAGCGUCUCCGUUCGUUGGAGGAAAUGAUUUCACUCGUCUCGUUGCCGCUUCCGCGGCGAGUGUAGUGACGGUGGAUGGUGAUGAAUUGCAAUAAUAGAGAAUAUAAUCAUCAGGCACGAAAGAACCUCCCACUUCCACGUCGCUUCAGACUGCCUCCAUAUUUAAAAGUCGAAGAGCUUUGCUUUAUCUAUUCCUCUACGUGUAACAGACAUUUGAACAUUGAAAUUUCAUCUGCAACCAAGACAGACCCUUGUUGCUUUGAUCCAUAAAGGAAGUAAGGAUUUUCCAUCUAAAUGAUUUGUUGUGGUUGCUCCCCUCCUCGCUGCGUGUUAGCAAUUCCUGUGCAUUUGGAGUUUGGUUUUCUGCCAUGGUGUGUGGCGGCUAGGUUUCCCAACCAGGCCCUGAUACCAUACAACAGAUGUGUUGUGUGAAAACCUAGUUCGUGUCGGGCGAAAGUCGGAGAAAAAAAGAGCAUGAACUACCAGAAAUCGUUGCCAAGGUGCCUGUUUCCCUUUCAUACUAGAUAGUUGCUUGCUUCCGUUUGGGGGGAAGCAAGCACGAGACGAGUGAGGGUGGGAGCAGGUCAGGCGGGCGGUUCCCAUGUAUAUACUAGAGGUGCUAGCUUAAGCAACCACGAGAUGUUACGCUAGUGAAAAGGAGAGGCGGAGCCGUCACCGAAGGCCGGGAAUUCAGCAACGGUGGUUGCGACUAUUGAUGCGAUGGGAAGGCCACGCUCUUAUCCUCCGCGACGACCUGGGGUGUCGGCAAUUCGAAGGUGGCAUCCAAUGUGUUGGUCGAGAAGAGGUGAGGGAGUUCGCGUCAGCGGCGAAUCUCUCGCGAAAUCGAUUCCCGAGGUGCUGCUGUCCGAGGAAGAGGAGGAGCCGGAGGAGUGCGACGAUGAUGGACUCAAAUUUGGGGGUGCCAGAGAUGACGAUUGCGGCCGAAACAUGGAAGAUGAUGGCGGAUGGAAGAGAAGAACGAUAUUGAGUUCUUCUUCUCGUUAAUUUGGAAGUCAAGGGUAUGAUUUUAUAAGUCAGUUUGGUAAAUUUUAGUAAGUCUGGGACUGAAAAAUAAUUUACCAUGUGAAGGGUUAGUUCGUAAAAGGUAAGUGUUUGAGUAUCAAAAUGAGAAUGUGCAAUUUGGGAAUAUUUUAUCAAAUUCAGAAAGUUAAAUCUCCUUGGAGGAAAAAAUUGUUUAAAUCUGAAAGUUGGGGCAGAAUUGGUGAAACUCAGUAGGUACGGGUACCGUUUGGUAAUUUGUCAUUUUGGGUAAAAAAAUAAUUUUCCAGAAUUUCUUGGGAAUCCUAGGAAGUGUUAAAUGGAGGAAUUUGGGAUUGAAAUUAACCAAAUUGGAGGUCUUUUGGCUAGUAGAAGGAAGUUUUAAGUUUUGCCUAAAUAGUUAAUAGGAGAGUGCAAAAGGAGAUAAAGUGCGAGGAGUUUGAUCGUGGAAUCUCGGGCAAAGACGUGGGUCAACCGGCAGUGAAGAGGGGUCGUAUUGAUCGAUCAAGAUCGGCUAAUGAGGUGAGUGUAAAGGGGGUAAUAUCUCAGUCGUAGAACUUUUAGUUUAUGCUUUUACUUUCAGUUAUGUUAGUUAAUUUUAUGAGUUUGCGCGAUUAUGUGUGUGAGGCAUCCCACCGCCUACUUAAGGUGGAGGCACACGUUGUGCUAUGUAUGUGAAUGUGUGUGUUGAUGUAUGAUUAAUGGUAAGAUGAACCCUUGGGCGGCUGGGCCACUACUGGACGCGGUAGAUGGUCGGGACACUACUGGAUGGUGAUACGUAAAGCAGUAGUUGACCGAGCAUGGACUGGACGGUGAUACGUAACGCAAUACCAUUGCCUUGAGGAUAGGGACACCGGACGACGAUACGUAGCGUGGUGGCCCCUAGUAUUUAUGUGUAUGAGUUAAUGAUAGAAGUAGAGAACUUCUAUGAGUUAAGGAUAUAAGUAGAAAACUUCUAUGAGUUGUGUCGGAAUAAAGUAUUAAGGAUAGA